AUGAUUCAAUUAAAGACACUAUUAAGUUGCAUUGACAACUCGGGCGCCUCGAUCGUCGAGUGCGUGAACGUCCUGAAGAAGAAACGGCCCGCGACAAUCGGUGACCGGAUAGUCGUCGUCGUCCAGAAGCAGCGAUCUGCAGGCUCCGAAGCCACCACCGCCGCCGCGCUCGCCAACAAGGUCCGCCGCGGUGAUAUCCGACAUGCCGUCGUGGUGCGCGUGAAGAAGGAAUUGCAACGACCGGAUGGCUCGCUGGUUCGCUUUGGUGACAAUGCUUGCGUUUUGGUGAAUAAGUCCGGGGACCCCAUCGGAACAAGAAUGAACGGAGUCGUUGGACAGGAGCUACGGAACAAGAAGUGGUCAAAGAUCUUGUCCCUGGCGCCGGUUCAUGUGUAA